GUUCUGUCACCGCCAUGUGAGUUCCCACUCUGGUGCUUCCUCGUGCAUCAAUGACCAAUGCACAGCUGGGAAGUCCUCAGGAAUGCUGUUCUCGCCCUUCGAAGACAUUCUGCACACCAACACCGUUCCUAGCGACGCUCAAAGUGAAGAGAUGCGGUCCUUUCUCACCCCGCAUCGUCAAGCGCUUAACAAGCUCGAUGACGAGGUGCAACGCCUCGAGCGCCUUCUGGAGAACGUUAACCAGCAGCGGAAAGAGCUAUACACCUGGCUUGCGGCACACGACAAACUGCUCUCGCCGAUGCGUCGACUGCCCGAUGACGUGGUCCGCGUGGUCUUUGCUCACACGCUUCCCACGACGCGGCAUGCGGCGCUUAGCGCGGACGAGGGCCCGUUACUGCUGACAAGCAUAUGUCGACACUGGCGCGAGCUAGCGCUGAGUACUCCGCGGCUGUGGGCGGCGGUGCACGUCGUCCUGCCACGAGAACCGGAUGGCACCAGUGGAGCCACGCUGGCUUCACAGGUGUCAACAUGGAUCGGGCGCUCCGGCGCAGUCCCGCUUUCAGUCUCAAUGGUCCAUGUGCGCCGGGGCGGCAGGCUGGGCGGUUCUGCCCUUCCAGGCCCGUCGUUGCUCUCGUCAACACUGCUCCCCGCCGCACACCGAUGGGGAAGCAUGCAACUGCGCGUGUACUCUCUGGAAGAUGGACUGGCGCUAUGCAAUCUGUCGGUUGAGGAUGUGCCAAAACUGUGGAGCUUGGGCCUCAACCUGUCGCGCGUGAUGAUCGAGAGCGACGUCCCAGCCCCGGGCGCUGAAAGCGGCACUUGGUGGAAGUGUCAAAGUAUGCGCAUUGCUGCCGCCCCGACAUUGCGGCACUUUAACUUUCACGGCCCCCUCCUCGCCCUGCCGCGCACUAUUGCCUGGCAUGUCCUUGUAGUGCUACACAUCCAGCUGUGGGCCGGGCCGGCUGACGAGAUCGUCUUCCCCUUCCCGUUCCUGCAAGACUGUGUGUCCCUAGAGGUCCUCGAAGCUUCUGCCAACAGCGGUAUCUCCUUCAUGGAUCCCACUCACACGGUCCUCCUCCCCCGACUGCGGCGGCUCGCGAUUUCUGUCUGGCAGCCGAACGGACCGGACGUGCAACACGGGCUGCAACUUCUCCGCCUCCCAACGCUCGAAUCGCUCGACCUGACGGGCACAUUUCUGGGCCAGCAGCUCCCCGAUUUGUUGCAGCCGCUCGCCCAUAUCACGCAGCUCACUGUACCAGUCAGCCAAAUGCUGACGGUCGAUCUGGCGCACGCGCUUUCGUUCCUUCCCGCACUCGCGACGCUGCGCAUGCAGGGAGAGCCUGCCAUGCCAGUGCCCCCAGGCAACUCCGAGUGGGCGAACGGUUCAGAUCAUGUUGACAGUGGGUUCAUGCAGCGCUUCAUCCCGGGCACGCCCGGUGACGCGCUCCUCUGCCCCGCCUUAACCACGCUCGAGCUGACGUACGCCUAUGCACUCCCUGACGCGCUGAUAGUACAACUUAUCCGCGCCCGCACACCGCUGCUCUCAGCUUUCCGCGCGUGUAUCUUUCGGCGCCAGCAGUUGGAUGUACGCGAAGCGCUCGCAGAUCUUCUGGAGACGUCAGAAUUCACACUGGUACUGGCGUAUCGCAAUUCCGGAAGGGUUUAUUCGCCGCUGGAGGGCACGGAGCGCAGUGGCCAGACACGGGUAAACGAGGACUGGUUGUAUGAGCCGGAUCCGAUGCUUGUGUACAAUUCUGUUGCCCAAUAA